UCUCUUUUAACUCGCUCUGGUCACACUGUCCCAAGAAACGGAAUGGAGCAAUGGAGUCCAAUUUAUUUUUAGUUUUUCUAUUGUCGUUUUCAAUAUACAAAAAUGCAAGAGCUGAAAUCAGCGGUCAUUUGCUGGAGGACAUUAAGGAUAUAGAAAUGGAGCCCGCCGCCCACGUCAACGGCAAAGAGUUUCCGGCGGUGCCACAGAACUCGGUGCAGACGCAUCCCAGGAGACACAUUAAGAGUAAGCGCCGCAUGAAAAGAAGAUACAAAUGCUAUUCCUGCGAGCCGCCUUGUCUGGAUCCGUAUGAGUUUUCCCACACCUGCCAGAAUGCCAUUCAGUGCUGGAAAUCACGAACUCGCGAUGCCGAUGGACAGGAACACGUUUCCCGCGGAUGCAGCACCUCGCCGGACCAACUGCCUCUGAUCUGCAGCCAAAACUCGCUCAAGCUCAAUGGGCCCAGCAAGCGCAAUACGGCCAAGUUCGUCAAUGUGGCCUGCUGCGCCGGUGACUACUGCAACAGCGGAGAGUUCCCGGAACUGCUGCCCUUCGCCAGUAACGAUGUGACGGUUAUAACGGCGGAUACCAGUAGUAUAAGCAAGAUGUCGGCCGCCAUUCUGGGUCCUUUCCUGGUGAUCACGCUGCUGGGAGCUGUGGCCAUCUUCUUCAUCCGUCGCAGUCAUCGCAAACGCCUGGUUGCUUCGCGCACCAAACAGGAUCCGGAGGCGUAUCUGGUUAAUGACGAGUUGCUGCGCGCCACCAGCGCCGGUGACAGCACGCUCCGGGAGUACCUACAGCACUCGGUGACCUCGGGAUCGGGCAGCGGACUGCCCCUGCUGGUGCAGCGAACUCUGGCCAAACAGGUCACCCUGAUCGAGUGCAUAGGGCGGGGCAAGUACGGCGAAGUGUGGCGCGGUCACUGGCACGGCGAGAGCAUCGCCGUAAAGAUAUUCUUCAGUCGCGACGAGGAGUCCUGGAAGCGGGAGACGGAGAUCUACAGCACCGUUUUGCUCCGCCAUGAAAACAUUCUGGGCUUCAUUGGCUCCGACAUGACGUCGCGCAACUCGUGCACCCAACUUUGGCUGAUGACGCACUACUACCCACUGGGCUCGCUCUUCGAUCACCUGAACCGCAACGCUCUGAGCCACAACGACAUGGUGUGGAUUUGCCUUUCGAUAGCCAAUGGACUAGUGCACCUGCACACAGAGAUAUUCGGCAAGCAAGGGAAGCCAGCGAUGGCUCACCGCGAUUUGAAGUCUAAGAAUAUACUGGUCACAUCAAACGGUUCCUGCGUGAUAGCCGACUUUGGACUGGCCGUCACCCAUUCGCAUGUCACAGGACAACUGGACCUAGGCAACAAUCCCAAGGUGGGCACCAAGCGCUACAUGGCACCAGAGGUUCUGGAUGAGAGCAUUGAUUUGGAAUGCUUCGAGGCACUGCGCCGCACGGAUAUUUAUGCUUUUGGACUGGUUCUGUGGGAGGUUUGUCGACGCACUAUUUCGUGCGGCAUCGCCGAGGAGUACAAGGUUCCCUUCUACGACGUGGUGCCCAUGGAUCCCAGCUUUGAGGACAUGCGCAAGGUGGUCUGCAUCGACAACUACAGGCCCUCCAUCCCCAAUCGCUGGAGCUCAGAUUCGUUACUGGCUGGCAUGUCCAAGCUCAUGAAGGAGUGCUGGCACCAAAACCCCAACGUGCGCUUGCCAGCGUUGCGCAUCAAAAAGACUAUACAUAAACUAGCUUCCGCUGACGAGAAGAUACGCCUGGACUUUGACGAGGUCUGCGUUUAGUGGUUGUAGUCGAGCCUUAGCUGUAAGCUUUGAUUUAGUUUACCAUCUAGCUAGCUUAAGAUUCAUUCAUUGACAUUUUCCCUUUGCAUUUUCACACUAUUAGU